GUUCCGGAAGAGCUCAGUAUCUGCUGAAAUUCUGUCGCCAUUUUCAACGUGACUGCAAGUUGGCCGCAAUAAAAACUGCCGGUUUUCGGCGGAAUUAAAGCGGGUGUGUGCGACGAAAACCCCGCAUUUUGAUAUUUGCGUGCAACCAGAUAGGCGCCCAGGGCAACAGGCAAAAUGAGUGGUUUACCGAGGAGAAUUACUAAGGAGACACAGCGUUUAAUGGCUGAACCAGUACCAGGCAUAGAAGCUAUACCAGACGAAAGUAAUGCAAGAUACUUUCACGUUAAGGUUGCCGGGCCGGCGGAGUCACCGUAUCAGGGAGGCAGUUUCAAGUUAGAAUUAUUCCUUCCAGAGGAGUAUCCCAUGUCGGCGCCUAAAGUACGCUUCAUGACCAAAAUAUAUCAUCCAAAUAUUGACAAAUUGGGUCGCAUAUGCCUGGAUAUUCUCAAAGAUAAAUGGAGUCCAGCUUUGCAGAUUCGGACGGUUUUAUUAUCGAUUCAAGCUCUACUCAGUGCCCCUAAUCCAGAUGAUCCCUUAGCAAACGAUGUAGCUGAAUUAUGGAAAGAAAAUGAGGCAAAAGCUAUAGAAACAGCAAAAGAAUGGACGAGAGUAUACGCAACUGGCAAAUGACAUCACUGCGUCAUCAUUCGGGUUUUGUUGUUCUUUUUCUUCUCUUGUAUAUCGACUCGGCUUUCCUCCUACCAUCUUCUAUGGUGGCCAAAAAAGGACAUCCGACACAGGACUGCCUAUAAGUUAUAGGGCCCCUGUAGUAGAUGGUUUUUGUAUGACAGUUAAAAGAGUGAAAGCAUUUGGAAAAAAAAAAAAAUUAAAAGCAAACACAAAAAAAAAUGUGAUUGUACUGGCCUGGGGAUCACGGUGCUGAGGCAUAUUUUUAUUUAAGUGAUUUGGAACUUUAGAGGGGAAAAACACACACAAGAAGAGAAACAUUUUGUUUUUUUUAAAUAUUGAUUUUGACAGCAGUUGAGCCCAGGCCAGAGUGUGGAUUUGUAAAAUAUGUUGACAGUGUAAUGACUCUUUAGGGUACAAGACCUGAAGCCAUUCUGCCACUCCAGUUGGGCAGUGUUUGUAAUUGGUCAGGUCAAAUUGGGCUUUGAUUCCAAGUUGGGCAAAGACACUUCGUUCAUGAUCCUUUAUGCAGUAGACCAUACUGCGUCUAAAGGAGCAUAUGGGAUAUAAGAACUAUGGGGAAAAUGCUGUAUUGGAGUACAGUUAAAAUGAAACCAUUUUCAGCUCAAUUUGAGCAUGUGUACUGUCUGUCUUUAGGUUACUAAAUGUGUGUUUGUAAAGUCGGCCAUUUUUUUUGUUCUUGUUUAUAGAGAACCAUUUUAAAAGUUAACUGAAGUUUCACUGGACCUUCGCUCCAUAAACAGGGAUUGGUUGUGAAAAACAAAAACAAGAAAACAAACGGGGAUUUUAAGUAAUUCAAGAAACACGUUCACUAUAAUUCAACCAAUGUUGUGGUUCUCUUACAUCAUGUUUAUCUUGAAAAUUUGCGGCAAACUUUAAUAAGCAAAAUAAACGUACUGCCACGGAUGUUCCAGGUUUUUUUUGGUACAUUUAAAAAUGAAAUUAUGUUGAUACAUUUUUUAAUUUUUUUUUAUUGAUUAUUAUUUUUUUUUUUUACUACUGCUGCUGGUCAUGCAAUUUACCAGAACUCCGUAAACAUUUGCACACUGUUAUUUUGAAGAAGAAAAAAAGGGUAUGCCAAAGAAAAUGAACCCCCACACAAAAUAACGUGAUUUCCCGACUGCAGAAUUGUGCAAUGCAAGAGUAAUUCUAAAAUCAAGCAACCAUUCUCUUCAUUACUUAAACCCCCCCCCCCCCCCCCGAAAAAACUAAAUCAGAGAAAAACUUGUAAGUUAUCGUUCUAUAUCAACAUUGAAGUAAUUUACGGUGUCUAAAAUUGUACUUGCGGACACGAUAUUCAUUCAGGUUUAUUGUGUAUCACCAAUUGAAAUGUUGGGGAAAUAUUUUUUAAGUUAUAAACUGCAGUUUGGAAAAGAUUUCAGAGUUUAUACAUUGAGCGAAGGCGGCAUUAGUUUUUUAGAUCACAAUCUGUAUUUCCAGAAACGACAUUACAAAGUGUAUCCCUCGGGGUUCGAACCUGAGACCUUGGACUGCUGCUCCAGUGUAUUUAUGUUUUCACCCAACUGACUUCUUUUGGCGCUGUAUUGGCGCUGUAUUGGCGCUGAACUCCAGUGUGUACUCUGUUGGAACCAUAGAGGGCACCCUUUGCCCAUACACAAGAGGGUGAUGGCAUUGGUUUGCAUUUGUUUAUUACACUGAAUACACCCAACUCAUUAUCGAUGGGGCCUUUGCAAACCUCCAGCAUCUGUGCAUUCUGGCUAUAGCACGCAAGUGUCCUUCAAUUACAGUAAAGUUUUGCAUUUCUACCAGCGAGGGCAGUGCUUUGUGCCCAGAGUCCGCAUGACCAAAUACACUGGCUUAGUGGGUAGAGCACUGGAGCAAUGGUGCAGCAGUCUCAGGUUCUUGUCCUUGGAUGGGUCAAGGAUAUAGUCUUUUGUCAAGACGUUGUAUACAUGUAUUGGGAAUGCACUCCCCUGCUGCAAGAGUGCGUUAUCGUAUCAAAACGCUAUCACCCACGAACCGCUGUCACAACAAUGUCUUGGGAAUCUUGUAAAAUCUCCCCCUCCCCCCUCUUAAAAAAAAGGGGAAACUAGUGAACAUGUGUACUACAGUACAUACACAACAAAAGAACUGCCAUGAAGUUGCACAAAAGUCUGGUAGGGUGUUGAAACCUACUGGCUGAAAUUUUUUAAGUUUGGUUCAGAGCCAAGAUGCAAGGUGUUAAAUGCGUGCUGUAUAGGGGCAAAACAGGUAUGCACGCAUCACACGGCCGCUGCAAGAUUCCAAAGAUGUUAUUGUGAUAGCUGUUUGUUUUGGUAACGGCCUCUUUCGGUGGGUGUUCGCAUAUCAUAUAUACAACGACGUCUUGACUCCAGACUCUCAAAGAUAGUGCUCAACGCACUGUCAUUGCAACAAUUGUACUCAUUAAUUUUAACCUUCAAUUUUUUUUUUGCAAUCUGUUAAACUCUCAAAUACGUGUUUAUCUGAUUGGUAGAUGGAGGUUUGCAGUAACCAGGGUUCUGUACUGAGAAUCAUCCAUUAUCACAGUAGUCUUAAUGGUAACAAUUGUUUCAAAAGACAUUCCCACGAACAUGAAGUUGGUUUGGAAACACUUUUAUAAAAGCCUAGAGCAUGAAUGGAUGUCUGACUACAGUCAAAGGCCGGUGCUAACUUCACGCAAAUGCAAAUGCAAAAUGGAUUUGACGUCGCGAAACUUUCGCUGCGGAAUUCGCUGGAGUUGAAAUGUGUUCAAAUUUUAUGAAUUCGCAGUGAGAAAACUUGCCGCGGCGUUAGAAAUUCAUGUUUGCAUUCACUUUCAUGGCGAGUGUGAACAGGUGUAGCAUGAAAUUUGGAGUCUUAUGAAAUAUGGACUCCUUAGUUGUAUUGCGCAUGCCCGAGUGAAGCACGUUCGAGGGUUAGAAUCCAUAUUUCCAGAUUUCACGGGAGUCCAAAUUUAUAUGACACCGGCUUUAACAUUUAAAAAAUGAAGAUAUGGCUGUGCAUCCGAACCAGCUGUCUAGAGCUAGGUCUAGGUCUGCGCCCAUUGAAAAUGUGCAGGGACACGCUGACAAUAGACGUAGCCGUAGCUCUGGAAGCCCAUUUCGGACACGGCCUGAGAUUAGCCCAGUCCCAAAUCUAUGGAGAGCAAGUGGCCAAAAGAGCCAUUUUUUUUCUCACUGAGCUGCUGCAAGCCUUCAUCCACACAAUGCUUCUCUCGACUAAGUAGCUGUAGAUCUUUUGUUUGUAAACUUGUACAAAGGAAUUUUUAGUUCAUUAGUUUUUUUUCUGUCUUGUACCAAAUGAAAACCACUAACCAUUUGUAAUUUGCAGCAAAUCACUCAAUAAAACAAUGGAUGUAGUUUCCAAAACAGGUUGCGUAUUUGUGGGUUCUAAUUUGCAAAACAAGUCAUCUUGCGUUAUAUAUUUUAAUGGUUAUUUUGCUUGUUUGUU